UGCAACGGAUCAGUUGUCACGGCCAAGAUGUUAUAAUUUUUAUUGCGGUAUUUUUCUAAUAGGCGGUAGCAAGCCGAAACUGUGAUAUGUUGAACUUAACAAAAGUACAAUAUAAUAAAUGAAACCUCCAACGGCUGUGUAUAGUGUGUAACUGCAAGAAAAAUGUGUGUUUUUUGAGAGAACAAUGAAUGACAGCGGGGCCGAAUGUUCGGAAGCCUUGGAUCCUCGGGUGCAGAUUGAACUAGAGCGUCUGAACACAGCGACAGAUGAGAUAAACCGGCUAGAAGUGGAGUUGGAUGAGGCCCGGCUUGCAUUCCGGAGACUACUUGCCGAGGGGCACCUGCGGAUUCAACAGCUGACCAAGAAGCUUGGCACUAGUGUCCACAAGGCCCGGCCUUACUAUGAAGCAAGGUUUCGGGCUAAUAUUACAUCACAAGAGCUGCAAGUGGCGACGAUAGCAUACGACAAAGCGAACAGCGCGCACGCAGCGGCUAGAGAGAUGGUGUACCUCGCGGAGCAGGGACUGGCGCGCCUAGCCGAGGGCGGUGGGGGACUGACGCUCGACCCCGCUUGGCAGGAAAUGCUUAACCACGCCACGCACAGGGUCAAUCAGGCUGAAGCGGAUCGUGCGCAGACAUCAGCGACGCAGCGCACGAAAGCGGCCGCGCACCGCGCCGCUGCCGCGCUCGUUCAACAGCUGCAGAACGGACUCAAAAGACAUAUAGCCAAGUCCAGACCGUACUUCGAAGAGAAGGCGCGCAUCAACUCGGCUCUGGAGAGCCAGAAGGCGCGCAUACAGACCCUGGAGGAGCAGGUGUCGGAGGCCAAGCAGCAGUACUCCAGUGCGCUGCGCAACCUCGAGAGGAUCUCGGACGAGAUACACCGCCAUCGCUCGCGGAGCACCUCCGCGCUUCACAAUGAAGUGGACUCCAAGUCGACGGACACGGCGAGUGACACGACGACCAACACAAGUGACAAAUUGCACGAGCUGUGCGAGCCGACGAGCGAAGCUAACGUGCGCGAGUGGCUGCGGCGCCAGGACGCCGAACGGCCGCGGAGGCUGCAGGACGCUGAUACAUGGACUGAAAUAGACCUUGACUACUCCAGUCCUGAGGAGGUCAGCUUCGAAAAAUGCUCGCUCCGGCCGCGGUCGACGCCAGAGAAGCUCUCCCCGCCGAGUCCAAUAGAGUCGAAAGUGUCUGCGGCGAGUCCGCGGCGCUACAUCGUGUCCGGGGAGCGCGGGGCCGCCUUGCGCGCUGAGCUGGAGCAGCGCCGGCGGCAGAGCCUCGACGUGCUGCUGCACGACACCGGCGAGAAGAUGAAGGACCUCUUCCAAGGCCUGUCCCUGUUCGGCGAGCGGCGCGGCUCGGCGUCGGCCCCGCGCACCCCGCGCCGCGCCGCGUCCCCGCGCUCGCGGCGCUCCGCCGGCGGCUCCUCCGCCUCCGACGAGCGGUACUCCGACACUGACAGCCUCGCCAGCAUGGAGAUGCUGACAGACGAUCAGAUCGCGUCUUUGAUGCUGGACGCGCAGCUGGAGGCAGUCUGCGAGCGCCUGGCCGGCGUGGCGGGCCGCCAACCCAGAGACGAGCCCGACAGAUUCUGAGCCCUACCCCGUGACAGAAGGUACAUUAUCAAACUAGCAACAUGUCAAUAGCUUGAAGAUUUUAUCAACGGUCAAGACUCCUCCAGUUCUCAAGAGGGUUCUGGACUCUGAACCCCAUCCUUGUUAGUUAAUAUAUAGGGAAAUUAUCAAAUUAGCAAUCCUUGGUUUGUGAGACAUUCCUCAAGGGACGAGCUGUUAGUUCUAAACCCUGUCCCUAAAGCAUAAAGUUUAUUGGAUCAAGUAUAAAGGGUGAACAGUGAAUUUAACAUCAUCAAAGAGCUAAGUCGCGGAAUUCGCUCACUUAAGGUGAUGCCACGCAGUCAUUCUGAUGUGAUUUUAAACUAAACCUUGAUUGCUUUGAAUUAAUUUCCAAUAUAAUCUAGCCUACAAGAUCCCACUGCUGGGCAAAACCCUCCCCUUCUUCUUUCCAUUGCGUGAAGAAUUGAACGCUUGCCAGAAGGACUGGCUGGUGUACGCACCACGGAAUAGAAGAAAGAGUUUGGAAAGACUCUAACGUGCAUUUUGUAUGAGAACCGCUGUCGCAAGUUCAACCCCACUCUCUUUUACUACUACUCCUGCAAACGGAGCUACGAUAGUUCUACUGCUUCUCAAAUUCCAUAGCCACUUUACCGGCAAUGAAUAUUUUAUGUGAUAGGCUGCAAUUUUAUUAUUACUUUUCGUAAGAUACAUACAAAAGUAUUUUUUUGAUAAACAGCCGAUCAUACUAAGGUUUUUAGCUUUCCAGUGAUAAGGAGGGAUCCCCUUGCAUGAUAGUCGAUGUUUGAUUUUUUGCCCUCACAAGACGACUAUAUAAUAUACUGCGGCGGAGCUCCGUGUGUCGUAAAGUUUGCGGACGAGUGGAGUGCAAAGUUGAAGUAUGAACUAUUUGCUCAUACUUGUAUGGCGCGCGUUUCGCGGUCACUUGGCCCUUCCAACCUCUUUUUUAUAUUCCGUGGCACGCAAGGAGAAAUCCUCAUGGAUACCUCGUCGCCUGGGGGAGCAACGAGGUUAUGUCGGACUCUUACCGACUAAAACCUCUGCUGUGCAUGUUAGGGAGCUCUAUCGAACGCACCGGUGCUCCCCUCGCACUUGCUUUUAUUAAAGCGCAUCCUGGGGUAGAUCCCCACCCUUACACCAUCCCAGUUUUACAGCAAUGCGAGGCCAUGUCGCAUUGCCGUCCUUCCCGGAGAUCGUGUGUGGAGCAGUUCGGGCCCCCGCCCUUACCACCCACGAUCUCCAGUGUCCCCUUUCAGUCUCCAGUGUCCCUUUUACGACAGGCAGGGGGUACCGUAGCCCUAUUCUUACGCCUGGAACUGCAGGGCGGUCCGAGUACGGAACCUAACCUAACCUGAACCUGGAUUACCUGAAAUUAUUACUUGGAUUGAAAUUAGCUUGUCUAUUGCGAGGUUUUGCUAACAAAAAUCACAUCCGAAUGCGAUUUUUCAAUAAUGCGCUUACGUGUUGUUCACUAGAAGGCGACGAUAUGUUAGCUCUUUGAUGACGUCAAAUUUUGAAAGAAAGAAAGAAACAUUUUUUUUAAUUUUGUAAGUUCUUAUAACUCGUAUGUCAACAAACUUGCCACGUAAUUAUGACGCGAGCAUCUAACGUCAAAAUUACGACAAUUUGUAUUUAAUUAAUGUAAAGUCUUAUUUAUUAUAAUAUGUGAAGUUUGUUAGGGAUAGGGGACGACCCACGAAUGUGUGGAUGGAUUGUGUAAAGAAGGAUAUAUGUGUGGAACUUACAAAAUAUAACGUCAUCAAAAAGCCAAUACUGUUACUAAUCAGUUUUAUAGCGCUUAUGAAAAAGUACAAUGUAACCUAAACUAUAACGCCUUGUAAUGAAAAAAUAUGUAUCUAUACGUAGAUCGCCAGUACUAAAGUAGCGUUGCCGAACUAUCAAAAGUCAAACUGUCGGUGCUAAUGGUAUAACAAAACCAGCGAGCUUAGCACCGUAAGCGUGCGACUCUUUCUCGCCUCGACAUACGUCACCCGUCACUCUCUCACAGUACUGCACAGAAAGAGACAGACGAUCUCUGUCGCGGCGAGAAAGGGUCGCUCUCAAAAGUGACAGCUAACAUUUCAAGGGUAGCCCUGCUGACGUCAUCCCACCCUGGGUUGCCAUUUUGUAAAAAAUAAAUUACCCACGACCAAUGUUUUUAAGUUACUUUGCAAGGAAAUUUUGAACUUUUAGUAAAAGAUUAACUUACAGUUUUAAUUAUUUUUAUAUAUGUGACAAAUAAUAGUAAUUAAAUAUAUUAAUUUAUUUAAUUUUCAAUUAUAAAAUUAACGUCCUUGGAAUGUUGGCGAUACCAUUUUAAUGGUAACACUUACGUCAUGAAACGGCUAGCAUUGACGACUUUUCAUACGAUUGAGCAUACCUGGUUUUUUUAUACUAUGAACAUAAAUAUCAUCGGUUUAAACUUAAAUUCCAAGGUCGAUCUUCAAAAAAAAACAUGUUGUAUUGAUGUCGUGGCCAGAUCUUAGAAUUGAUCAUUUCAUUAUAUGUUGGACCUUUUGGUCAUAUUUCAUUUGACGUUUCAAAGAUGUGGUCAAUUUAAUUUGGCUAUUUCAUGAAAUAUGACCAUUUUACGAAAUUAUGGAGCACGUCAUGAAAUGAUCAAUUCUAAGAUCUGGCCACGACAUUGAUACGCGGCAGACAUAUCAAAUGGUAACGACAGAUAAGGAUAUAUCAUGUAUUUUUGAAUAUUACACUCUAGUUGUAUGUCAAAGUGUGAAUGCCAUAUAGAUUAGCGGAGAAGGCAAGAAUAUUGCAGCAUCUAAAUGGUUUUCUCGCCGAUUAUUGAUUUGAAAUUAAUAGUCAAUUUAAAAACAUGAUGUAGUCUGCGCGCAAAUUCUUGACACUGCAUGAAAGACGGCUAAAGUACGGUGGCUUACUUGUGCAAAUUAUAAUAGGGUAGUUUUCAACUAGUCAAAUCAGUUACUUUUUACUAAACGUCGAAAUACGAAAUCACAAUGGAAUUUGUAUGAAAAAGCAACCUGCGACGUCAUAGAAAAACGUGACAAAAUGUUACAUUUUUCUUUAUUAAAUUCAUAAACAAGUUAAAUAGAAAAAAAGAAAUCGUUUUUUGACACUAUUAGAUCUUUAUUUGGUAAUCUGGGGGCACGGUAGUGCUCCCGCCAAGACUACCUAACUUUUCUCGAAACGUUUCGUCGAUUUUUUGAACCCUCAUAACUCUGGUUUGGAUUAUACCAGAUAAACCAAAUUCUUAGGAUAUGUUCACAGCAGUGGAAUUAUUAAAGAUAUAAAUUUUCAAAUGCUCAGAAUUUGAUAAUUUAUCUUUGACUUAGGAAACUACCCCAAUAGGCUAGUUUCCAACUAGUCAAAUCAGUUACUUUUUACUAAACGUCAAAACACGAAAUUACUAUGGGAUUUGUAUGAAAAAGCACUCUGUGACGUCAUAGAAAAACGUGACAAAAUGUCGGACUUAUUAUUACGUUUUUCUUGAUUAAAAUUCAUAAAUAAGUUUAAUAGAAAAAAGAAAAUGUUUUUCGUUAGUUUUAGAUGUGUCUUUAUUUAGUAAUCAGAAUUUCAUAAUUUAUCUUGAACCUAGUACACGACCCUAUUAUGCGUGUUAUAGAAUAAAACUUAUAUUCAAGCCGCAAGUUGUAGGUAAAAUAUAGUGUGAUAUAUUAUGUAAAUUAUUUAUUUAUUAGCUUAACAAAUAGAGGUUGUAUAUACACAAUUUGGGUGUAAGUAGAUUUGUUUUUAGUUUGCUAGGAAUAUGUUAGCUGUGUAUUAGAUGAGUGAUUACAGACUUGCCUUCUCUAUUUAAAUGGUUAGGAGACGAUCAUUGAUUGACAGUUUUUGGACUUGCGCACACACUAGACACUCCAUACAUUAAUCUCAUUCGUGAAGGUACGUUAAACCGUUGGCUACUUACAGAUGUACGUAGUCGUUACAUGAGCCUUGUCAGGGGCCUUUGGCUGCUCAAUAAUAACCCUGACAACAGGGUUGAUGAGGUUGGUAAUCUUACAACCCACGAAAUGUGAUUUGAUGAUUAUCUCUCUCUCUUGGGUCGGUCCCUCAUAUCUGAGGAUCGUGGUCAACAUCAGGGUUGCGAGGACCCUUCAUGCUGACUCUCUUGGGAAAAUAGAAGCAGUGGUUUCCCGUUGCCUUCUGCUGAUGAUUAUGCUAUAUACGAAAUAUUGUGAGUCAAAUGCCAAAUUUCACUAGUGGGCUCAAAAUCAAAUCAUCCCAAACCAAAGGUUCUAGUCGCGUUUUGACAAGACUGACUUAUGGGAAAACAACUGAUUGGUAUAUUAAACGAAUAAUGUGUGAUAUAAACGAGUCUGACAGUUGCAACUUAUUGAGAUUAUUCACUGAACUCUUCACAUUUACUCAAUUUGACAGGAUAAAGCUAGCUGCAUCUCUUUCUCGCACUUAUUGUGAGUGAAAGACGGCAACAAUUUAGCAGCUGUCAAACUCGAAUUAGGCUAAGUUUGUGUCAGAAUAGGCACUUCUGCUCGUUGUAAAGAAAAAAAAUAAUGAUGCAGAUUUCAAGUCACAAAAAACAUUGCCAAUCGCGAUCGUCUCCGCCCUUAGGUUAAUAGGAGAAUUCAAUUACAUGCAAUAAAAGUAAAUAAUAAAUUAAUAGCGUUCGGAUUGUGUAAGGAGCAUUUUGCCUAAACUUGCCUAUGAUUGUAGAAAUAAGCUUUAUAAAAUAUGGCGCCAUCACAGUCUGUAAUUGUAACACCCGGUUUCUAAGAUGUUCAACUCAUCCUCCACCCGACUCGGCCUCAGCUGAGCAUUUUGGUAUUUUAACACAAUCACUGGUGCUAAUUCCUGGAAACACCAUCUAAUUUCAUUUUAAGUUAUAUCUGUCAUUUUCUUAUCCGCCGAAAAGGAAAGGGACGGAUGAUUGAUUUGAUUUUAUAACUUAAAGUAAAAUUAGGAGGUGUCUGCAGGAAUCGGGGCCAUUGGUGCUAAUUCCUGUAAAUACCAUCUAAUUUUAUUUUAAGUUAUAUCUGUCAUUUUCUUAUCCGCCGAAAAGGAAAGGGACGGGUAAACGACAGGCAUAAAAUUUAUGGAACACACGUCAAUUUUAAGCACAAAUCUAAAAUAACAGUCUAAAAAUUUACAUUGGCCAAUAACACACACAGAAUUAAGUUGACAGCACGCGUCAAACGGUUUGCAUACCAGCGAGGGACCUUUUUGAUUCGCCCGGGUUUGUCAUUCAUUUACUCAUAGCAUUAUAAAUACAAUUUGUCACUUAAAAUUAAAAUUACGAAUAAUUAUAACAUUUCAAAUUAUUACACAAACACUGCAGAUCAGUCUAAAACUCAUUCAUCAUUACAUCAUUCAUUCAUCAUUUAUUCAUUUAUUUGUCAUUUUUACUCAUUCUUCCUAAAAUUAUGAGCUGUCAAUCAUCCGUCCCUUUCCUUUUCGGCGGAUAAGAAAAUGACAGGUAUAACUUAAAGUAAAAUUGGGAGGUGUCUGCAGGAAUCGGGGCCAUUGUGUAACUAAAAAUAAGAUAUCGACUCCUCACGUGCAUGCUAAAAUGCCCGACAAAUACAUUGGAAUUUAUGUACGAUAAGGUGCAAAACUACAAUCGGUUUCUUGCAAAGUAAUAAAUUAACUGGUUGCACUUAAGACCUCCUAGUUACAUGUCGUUUCUGUAACAGACCAAAAACACCUACAAAAACAUAAAAUUUAUAAUUAUGACAACUAAUGGUUCAUAAUUUCACCACUGUUUACAAAUAAUUCGCUAAGCUCAGUGACUGCACUUUUGCUCUUUGAUUGUACAUAUACACACUAUGGCAAGAAAAAAACAAUAUGCCCUACAUAUGGGACAUGCACGUAUGAGUUUCAAAUGUAUUGCCUCAUAAUUAUGUGGUUUAUACUCAGUGAACGUAUUAAGUUGAUAUUUACGUCCCCGACUUGAUGACGUCAUUCACUGGAGUCGAGCUCAAUACUGCCAACAAAAUAAUACGAAAUUGUGACGUCAUGCCUUACUGGAUUAAACUAGUUAAGGUUGAGGCGCCGUCGAAAAAUACUCAACUGAGGUCGGAGUCGAGAAAGGUUGGAGUGAACAUCUUAGAACACGAAUUAAGUGUAAAUGCCAUAAAAUAUUAUAUACAACAGACUGAAAAAGAUUGAUUUCGCCGCACCGCGCACCUUCAGGUCAUUUCGACAUCUAUACUUAACAAUAAUUAUCAUAAAUAAUCUUGCAAGAUGACGCCUUUAUAUAAUAUAAUUGAGAAUGUAAAUUAUAUAAGUAAUGUAGCUUUUAUAUACAGGAUGUUAGUGAUUCCGUACCGAAUAUUUAGAGGGUGGUUCAGCUCAUGAUUCUGAGUCAAGUGGAAUUUCCCGUCGCAUAAUUCAUGUGGUUUUUGUUUAUUUUUUUAAAGUACAUAAUUAAUUCUAAAGUUUUGUAAUAUGGAAAAUUCCACUUGAUAUACUCGGAAUCCUGAGCCGAAUCGUCCCUCGUUUUCGUUACGGUGUCACUAAAACCCUGUAUACUUACUUAUUAUUGCAAAAUAAAUAAUCUCGUACAUGUCAAAUAUACAAUGAAGCCAAUUGUAAUGCAUUUCUCACUAGAAUAUAAUUUUUUUACAAAGUAUUUUUACAUCGCAGUAUUAAUUUUAAAUUAAGCUUUUAUUUAAACGAGAAACGAUGUCAAUUUAUAGGCAGCCAUUUUGUAAGUACAAUUCCCGCCAAUUUUGCUUUUUCUAUAUAUGUUUUUUUUUUAAUUUUUAAAUUACCUCUUGUUUUAACAAGGACCUAAGUUUUUGUGCCUUGUUUUUGUUUUUUUUUUGCUCAAGAUAUUGUUUAUCUUUCAAGUCUUCCUGGAAUUGUUUUCAAUGAAUAGUUUAUCAUCUGUUUAUGUUAUUCUUUGAAGUAAUUAUGUAAUAAAAAUGUUAUUAACUGCUAAUAAAUAAAUCAAUAAAUAUCUAGAAACGCACCAAUUUCAUGCAAGAGUUAUAUACAUUUAUGAACUUUUUUAAAAUAUUGUUUUUUAUUAAAAAAAAGUUACAGCCUAUGAACGUCCCACUGCAGGGCACAGGCCACCCUUAAUCAACCAGAGGAGUAUGAAGCAUUUUCUACUCUUUGUCUUUCUUUGUAAGUAUCGAAUCCAAACGACUAUUUCACAAUAUGUGGAUUUUGCCAAUGCGGAACUUUCCAGGCCAUGUUCCCCAAAAACAUAAAGAUGGUACAGUGUUCUUUUUUACCUCGUUUUGGGUGUAAAUGACCCUUGCUUUACACCCAGGCACAACAGAUCUUGACGUGUGUUCCAUUAAUUUUAUGCCUGUCGAUUACCCGUCCCUUUCCAUUUCAGAGGAUAAGAAAAUGACAGGUAUAACUUAAAAUAAAAUUAGAUAGUGUGUACUGGAAUCGUCAUCAUUGUUAACACUAUACUAAGUUCAAAUUGGGAUGUAGAUAUUAGAAAAUGCUUUCUGUCAAUAAAUCGAUGCUCUUACUUCAAUGUUCUCUCACAAAUGCUCAUAUAAAUUAUUACUAUUAAUAUUAUUGUAAUUAUUAAUUAAUUUAUUAAUGGAGGAAAUGUAUUAAAAAUAAUUCAGGUUAAAUUUUUUCAUGUUCCAUGUUUUGAAACGGAAGUUUCUGAAACAUUUAAAAAUGAUAAAAUCAGACUAGAAAUAUAAGUAAAAAAUACCUACGUUCAUUAUCGUAAUGUGGGUAAAGACGGCUUUUUUUAAAUAUAAUUAUUUAUUAUAUUUUUAAUUUAUUUAUUUAUUUAAUUAAGAAUAUGGUUUAUGAUAACGACAGUGAUGCAUUUUAUCUAUAAUUUUGACAUGUUAUAUUUGAUAUUUUGAAUUUUAUUUUUAAAAGAUUAAUAUGUACAUCGUAAAUAUUUGCAUGCUAUUGUCAAUGGCUGUCUAGGAGGAACUAAUUUUGAUGGCGACCAACAAUGGCAAAUAAAUGAUGAUGAUUAAUACUACCCGUUCAGCUCUUUGAUUGUACAUCAACAUGAUUUAAGACUUUGAGGUUAUUUAGUUAUUUAUUUAUUUUUACUUAUUAGAAUAAUAUCAAGCAAAGACCCAAUUUAAGUGUUAAUGCUUGAAUCUUUAAAGAUGACAAAGUUGUGCUAUCAUGCAGCUUAAGUGCAGUUUAACUCAUCACAAUAUAGGUUGAACCACAUGUGACAGAACCUUCCUAUGCUUCUUUUUCUAUUACUCAGAACGCUCGCAGCAGAAUCGACGAGGCGAUAGCGUGCGUAAGCAAGCUAUAGCGCGUGUAAGCAUGCUACAGCGCGUGUAAGCAUGCUAUAGCGCGCGUAAGCAUGCUAUAGCGCGUGUAAGCAUGCUAUAGCGCGUGUAAGCAUGCUAUAGCGCGUGUAAGCAUGCUAUAGCGCGUGUAAGCAUACUACUGAGUACUGCCAGAUGUGAUUCAACAAGCCUAUAAUAAUGAGCGGGAUGGGAGUGAAUAGUGAUAAUUUACGAUAGCUUUAAAAUGAUAUUGUUUCACUGUUGUGAUAUCACUGUACAAACGUUAGCCAUGCUCGAUAUAUAAUAAGUACUCUGUUCCAAUACUAUAUUAUAGAUAUUACUCAAUUAUAUUAGCUGUAGAACUCGUAACAAUAUUUAUUUGAUAAAAUAUUAAUUAUGCUUCAACUCCAUAUUUUUUUUAAAGCACAUAUCAUGUAAACAAUCAGCAUAAAGAUCCGUAUUUUGUAAUUAAUCAGUAGGGCUAACAUGCGCAAUGUGAUAAAAUUUUGUCACAGUAAUUUUAUCGAUUCCGACGAUAUAAUUAUGUCGUUUUGUCGAUUGGUGCUAUGUGAACCCAAAUAAGUCGUGUCGUUCUGUCAAAAUACGAACAAAAUCACGUGUCACGCAUGUUAAGGAAAAAACAAACUUUAUUGAAUCGAACAAUAAUUUUAUCGCGUUGAGCGUGUUAGCCCUGCAGGUCAGGACUUUGUAAGGCGGUUACUAUACUACCCAAUCCAUCCUGCCCGAUGUGUCAAGGUCACACGAAUCGUAUUACUUCCGCACAACAUCCCAGGAAGAGAAUUGAAGACAUUGGAAGAAAUUGCUGCCCAAAUUGUACUGUAUUCAUGUGUUGUCAUAUGUCCGAUUGUUUAAAUUUAGUUCUGUGCAAUAAAGUAUAUUUGAUUUGAUUUGAAGAGGAAAUGACUGAAAACCAGCGCUGCCGAGCCAUUUCCUUUCGCCCGUAUUCGUAAUAUUCAUAAUUACCUAGUUCUUAUAUCAAAUGUAAAUUGUUACUGGCAAUAAAUAUAUUUUAUUCUUAAUAUCAAAUUGGUGAACGAGUCUAAUACCGUCGAUUUUUCGAAUAUCGAUGCGCGCGCCGAUUGGAUUGGGUAGUCUAGUAACCACAUAAAUUAAGCGUCUUGGAUUUUGAUUCAAAUUGUACGUGUACGGGACAUCUAUAUAUUUUGUAAUAUAAGCACAUUUGUAUGCAAAGACAAGCAAUUACUUUGUGUUGUGUAUUUUGGAACAGAGUAUAGAUAAUACUGUACAUACUCGUAAAUGUUAAACGUAACUUGCCUUCAGAUGACAUAAUAAAUUGAGGUUAAGUAGUUACAA